AUGAACACUCGCCAGGCGAUCCAGCCAUCCAACACGCCCAACGUUCUCUCCAUCUCCAUCUCCGCCUCCCGCAAACGCUUCAUCGCUGGUCUGGCCGAUGGCUUCCGUGUCUUUCGCCUGGACAAUUGCCUGACGACAUAUCACCCCGCUCUUCCAUCGCCAUAUGGUGCGUCAAUCACUGCCGUUCUGGAUGACCGAUAUGUUGCCUACGUUCCCACUCACAAGUCGGAGGACGGCAGCGGACCAAAUGUCGUCAUCUUCUGGGACUGCGUACUGGAGCGGGAACUUACUCGAUUCGAUCUGCAUGAACAGGUCUUGGGACUGAGGUUGAGCUCCAAAUGGUUGGCAGUGAUCCUUCAAGAAAGGACGAUACUGUUUCAACACCAAGAAAUCCAACCUCAGGCACCACCUUCACCGCCGCCGGAGGACACCUCUUCACCGACCAGCGUGGAACCGAAGGAUGAGUCGUGGCGCAUACCGAAUCGAGUUCACUCCCUCCACAACACCUCUCACAAUCCCUUCGCUCUCUGCUGUCUCACAAAUGACCUCCUCGUCCUCCCUGCGCAAAGCACCGGCCAGAUACAGCUCAUCUCUCUCCUCCCUAAAGCAUCCACCAACAAACGUGUUGUACGCGCUCAUAACUCUUCUCUUCGCGCUGUCGCUCUCUCCCCGGACGGCUCACUCCUGGUCACCACCAGCGAGCAAGGUACGCUACUUCGAGUCUUCACCACCAGUACACUCGAUCAGAUUGCCGAGUUCCGACGUGGUCUCGAUCACGCCAUCAUUUAUGACCUCGCCUUCAGUCCCGGAAACCGCUGGCUGGCCUCGACAAGUGAUAAAGGAACACUACACGUCUUCGAUCUGCGACCAUCAGAUACACAAAACGCACCUUUUGCCUCACGACUUCUCUCCGACUCCAGAAGUGCAGCCUCUCACUCCUUUCAUCUCGGCUCUGAUCCAGCACAUUGGCAAACCGGUCGGCCGGAGUACUCAUGGACUGUGCUACCGAGUGGCGGUCGGAAGAGGGUGCGGAAUGAGGUUCAGCCAAGACCGGGAGAACCGAGUGGGAGAGCGGUGAAGGGUGUGUUGACAUUCAUGCCGGCUGGGUGGAACGGAGAUGGAGUUGGAGACGCGAGUGAGGAGAGUGUCAAAAUGGUAGUGAUUGGAGGAGGUGUAGAGGGAAGAUGGGAAGAAUUUCAGUUGAGAGGAGGGGAGACGGGUGGAGGACUCCACGGAUGGAUCUUGGAAAGGAGAGGGUUCAGGAGAUUUUUGACGAGGCAGUUUGUCGAGUGAUGCAUGAGGGACGAUUAUGUUACGAGAUGGAACGAAGGAAAUUUCGAGGUUUCGAUUGCGCUACGAUACGUUCGCUUGACCAAAGCUGAAGCCGGCCACCGCGACGAGCGAUGACGAUGCGACCUGCAAUGAGGAGGGACGGGAGCCUUCAACACGUAAGACCCAUCACGACUCACGACGAAGGCCACGCCCGAUGCACGACGUUGAAAUGUUUCGGACCGAGUGUGCGAUGAGGAGCUCCAGAGACCACGAAUCAAGAUCUACCACAAAUUCCACGGUUCCUGUUCAACUUCGCCAUCGAGAAUCUCCCUCGCAAAGUAGUUGUACUUCCGGGUGCUACACCACCUCAAUUCCAAGCCCCCAACUUUGGGCAAGAUCAAGGGGCCCGGUCCAACGCC